AUGACAUUUCGCUUCACGUGGGUACGGGAUCAUGCUUUUGUUGUUAACGGUGCCAGUCCUUGUAAACGAUUCGCUUUAGUAAACUGUAAUUUAACAGCACAGGAUGGGUCGCCGAAAGAAGGGCGCUAAGCAUCCGUUGGACGAGCAUCGGCAAGCUCGAGUGUCGGGUGAGACGGUACCUAGCGAAUCCGUUGCGAGUGUGCCGGCUGUUAGUAUGCAGGAGGAGGAAGAUCCGUACACGAUACCGUUUCACUCGCGACAGGCUGCAUUUGCCAUCCUGUGGCUGCUCGUCUACAGCUUUGCCAUGUUCACGCUACCUUUCGGUGCAUUCUACGGAACGCGACACGUGUUAGCGGAACACUUUCAGAUCGAGGGGUUCCACAACACGUGCGGAUCGGUGCUGGCCGCAGUGUUGACGGUCAAUGUCAUUAUAAUGCUGUACGCAUUCCGCGGCUUUCGCGAGGUAGAGGAGGAAGAUCGGGAGCGAUCGAAAAGGAAAUUCUGAACUGAAUCCCGAUCCCGAACAAUGUCCACGCCUGGUAGUAUUAUAAGCAAAUAAACAUCCCACUGUAAGAUUGAUGGUGGCUAAUC